GAGAGAGAGCUGCGGCUGGACUCAAGUCCUGACAUCCAAGAGAGGCGUGAAAAGACUAUUACAGAGCGCGUGGAAGAUUAUGUAUCAUUUGAGUUAGAUCUAUGUGAUGAACAGGCUGUAGGUGUCCUCCUAAAGACUCAAUCUCUGCGCGCGUAUCCAUGUCGUCAGAUUUGUCGAGAAAAAGCGCGCUUUUGAUGGACUCCUCAGUAAAUAAAGGGCUAAGUGUGAGUUCAUGCCAAGAUCCAACCACUCCUGGAUAUCUAUAACGCGCACACAGCCAGGAUGGAUCCGUUUAACGCCACCGGAAUGGACGCGUUCACGGUCAUCCAUCUGAAUUCCUCCUGGAGCGCGGACAGUGGAUAUUCUAUAGCAGCGAUCGCCAGCAUCGCCGCGCUUGUAAGUUUCCUCAUCCUCUUCACGGUUGUUGGAAAUAUUCUUGUUGUGAUCGCGGUGCUGACGAGCAGGGCACUGAAAGCCCCUCAGAACCUCUUUCUGGUGUCUUUAGCCACCGCGGACAUCCUGGUCGCCACUUUGGUGAUGCCGUUUUCUCUCGCCAAUGAGCUCAUGGGCUACUGGUAUUUCGGGAAAGUUUGGUGCGGUAUUUAUCUGGCUCUGGAUGUUUUAUUCUGCACUUCUUCUAUCGUUCAUCUGUGCGCAAUAAGCCUGGACCGGUACUGGUCCGUUACGCAGGCUGUAGAGUACAACCUGAAGCGGACUCCUAAGCGCGUCAAGUGCAUCAUCGUUAUAGUGUGGCUCAUAUCUGCUUUCAUCUCAUCCCCACCUCUCUUAUCUAUAGACAGCAGCAGUUACAUCAGCUCGCUGCCUCAGUGCCAGCUCAAUGAUGACACCUGGUACAUCCUCUCCUCCAGCAUCGCCUCCUUCUUCGCCCCCUGCCUAAUCAUGAUCCUGGUGUACAUCAGAAUCUACCAAGUGGCCAAAACCAGAACAAGGAGCAUGUCAAGUAAAGAGCCGAGGCCAGAUGGUGUCACACAAACUGAGAACGGAUUGAGCAAAGCCAACUCCCCUUACCUUGGAGACAGAGAGAAUGGUCACUGCCAGUGUCCGCCUACGCCCAGCCAUCGCACAGUCACCAUGGGGCCACAGACCGAUGAUGCUGACAUGGACGAGAGCUCUUCCUCAGAGGGCAAAGGUCACAAACCCCAGCAACAGGACUCUCAGAGAGCCAAGAGGCUUGGUCAAAAGAGGAGCUCCAUCUGCAAACAGUCCACACGUAUCUCCAGAGUCAGCAACAAAUCCAUAGACCUGUUUGCCUCCAGGAGGAAACGUCGCAGGAGCUCCAUAGCCCGGAAAAAGAUCUCCCAAGCCCGGGAGAAGAAGUUCACCUUCGUGUUGGCUGUGGUCAUGGGGGUCUUUGUGAUCUGCUGGUUCCCCUUUUUCUUCAGCUACAGCCUGUACAGUGUGUGCAGGGUGUCUUGUAAGAUCCCUGACCCGCUCUUUAAAUUCUUCUUCUGGAUUGGCUACUGUAACAGCUCCCUGAACCCUGCUAUCUACACCAUCUUCAACCGAGACUUCAGGCGCGCUUUCCAGAAGAUUCUCUGCAAGUCGUGGAAAAAGUCCUUCUAGGUCUGAAGCACUACCAUGACAAUUUUAAGGGAAAAUAUCAAAGUGAAUUUUUCUAUAAGGAUUCGUCUUGUCUAUUGAUGUUACAUCUCAUCGUCCUGUUGUAAUUAAUGGCAGCUCACUUUCAACCCCCUUACUGGGUGUCGCUACGAGCUUCAACUUACAGUAUGUUUACAUUUCAGGCUUUUCUGAUCUGAUAAGUGAGUGCCACUGUCUGUUUAUUCCCACUGAUAUGUGUUGUAAAGCUUAAUAAUGUCUUUAACAUCAGAAAAAGAUGCGCACAUGGCCGGACCUAUCUUCUGAGGGGCCCCGGGGCAACACCAAAGUCCUGGGCCCCCUUGGCCCCCCUGGUUAACCCCACUAUCUGCAAUGUGUGAAAAAUAUCUUAACUUUUUGUGCUAACAUUUACCACAGGUUUGCUUGAGUAAUAAUUCAAUUUAUUUUGUUUAUUUGAGUAACUAAACAUAUAUGCCAAAAAAAAGGAGAAAUUAAAGGGAUCCUUAUGACAGAACCUCUACUGAGAAGGUGACACUGUGGGACAAAUUGCAUUUGUGUUCUUGCCUUAAAUUAGAUGAGAACAUCAAUAAUUUGGUAACUCUUGUACAGUAAAAGUCUUGUUGCAUCAUGCAGCAAGUUAGCUUAGCAUAUAUAGAUGGACAAAGCUACCCUGACUCUUACUAGAGACAUUCAAAUCGGCUGUAUAGCACUUUUUACCUUCACUUUUCAGCCUUGUUUGCAUAACAUGUACAAAAAAAGAUAAUUCACAGUUCUAAAGAGGGUAAUGCUAUCCUUGUGGCGAUUGGCUGCAACUAGCACAAAAUCCAUAAACUUACUGGUUAAAAACUGUGGAUUGUUGUUUUUAUACCCCAGGAUUUUGCACAGAUUAAACAGCAUUAAAAAAGUGUUAAUUUGUGAGCUUUAUGGGUAUUAGUAGGUGGAUUAAAUUCAUCAAAACAUUCCAGGCUACGCAUGAGCUGCCGAGGUAAGCUAAGCUAACCGGCUGCUGGCUUAAAGCUCCUGUGAGGAGUUUUAGCUGAUCAUUAAACCAACUGAAAUAAAUAAGGUUAGCUUUUUAUGAUUCAUAAAUGGAAACAAUACCAGAUGACACUCAAAUGACUAUUUCUAUGAUUUACAACAAGCUGAAGAGACAGCUGUUUUUAUUUUUACAGCUGCUAAUAUUCAAAGUGAGUAAUACAUUUGAUUGCAGAAAUAGUGCAGGAUAUUUAUUUUUCGUCAAAAGAAACUACUAGGACAAGAUUAGCAUAGACAUUAAAGGUAUCACUCUGUCCACAGGGGGCUCCAAAAUCAACACAGACAUGAAAUUCAUCACAGGAACUUAAAGCAUACUGAACAGACUGUCAAUCUCCUUGUCCAACUUCCAGCUGGAUACAAAUUAUUCAAACUAUUCCUUUAAGACAUUUAAGUGAUACAUCAGAACAUGUUCAAAGGUCUUCGUUACAUCAGUGUUGUGCUCAUGUUCUGCACAUUUCUGAAAAAUGUUCUACUUGACUGGCACAAAUAAGUUCAAAAGCAGUUUGCAUCAAGCUCUUUGGGUCUCUGAGUUCUAAAGGCCACUGACCCCUCAGUAGAGAUUAACAAUCCUGUGUACGCACUUGUGAUUUUAAACCUUUUCCGCUUGUGUUCCUCGAAAAUGUCUCUGUUCACAUGUGACCCUUUUAACACAUGUAGUCAGUCACAAGCAGUGGAACCACAUUGAUGUACCCAAAGAAUGUUAUCUUCUCUUUAUUUUUUUUUUAAAUGACAUUUCUGGAAGAAAGUCUGAAAUAUGGCUUCACUACAUCUGGACCUCUCUGAUAGGAAACCCCUGACUUUGUUAGAUCAAAGAGUAACCAUGUCUCAUAAUGUCUUUGUCUGCUCGUCAUGAUGCUGUCAGCCGUGUCAGCUACGCAGCUUUUUGAGCCUCUGCUGUUAUAACAACACAAGUGUAACCAAAGUGUUGGUGGUGAAGUCAUGAUGGUGUUUCAUAACCCAGCUGACAAAUGGUACAGCACAACAGCAGACUAGUUCUCCACGGAGUCUUUGUUCUGAUCUCUGACUGCACUUUAAAGAUUUGAGGCGAUGCUAAGAAGGGCUGACACUCAAGUAUAAGCUUAAUUAUUUUUACAACGCACAGACAAGGGCAUCACCUUGGCCGUAAACUACAUAGUAUAAGGGGAGAAAUGGAUUUCAUGUGUUUUUACUUUCAAAGGAACUACCUCUAUGUUGUUGUUUUUUGUUGCUGAUUUAUGUUUUGCACACGUUUCCUCUGCUCCUUCAACUGUCUGCUGUCGUAUGAAAUAAAACAUGAACAAGU